GUUUGAUUUGCUUUGCGGAUUUAUGAAGCAGCGGUUGCCAUGAAAAUGGAAGAACCAAAGCUCUGAUCCACAACCCUGUUUGUUUCAACUACCCUCUCUCUCAUAUAUAAAUAUAUUCUUAUCUUAUUAUCCUCUGUUUAUUGUAUUGAAGCUCUCUCUCUCAUGGGAUCUUUGUUGGGGAACUGGCCUUCCUACGACCCUCACAAUUUCAGCCAGUUGAGGCCCUCUGAUCCUGCUCAUCCUUCUUUAACACCAGCUACCUAUCACCCUACUCAUAACAGGACUCUUCCUCCAGAUAACCAAGUAAUUUCAACUGAAGCUACCAACAUUCUUUUGAGGCAGUUUUAUCAGCGAGCUGAAGAAAAGUUGAGACCAAAGAGAGCUGCAUCGGAAAAUUUAAUGCCAGACCAUGGAUGCAAGCAGCUUAGAGGCUCAAAUGCAGAUGACUCCAAGCCUUAUGAGUGAGUCGCAUUCAUCUGGAGGUCGGAAACCAUAUCAUGGUUGGCAUGGAUGCAUUCUUUGUGUGAACUUGUAGAUAUUAAGCAUGCCUGAUCUUUUGGUGAGAGAUGUUUACCCAUAUUCUUAGUGGCAGUUUGUCAGAAAGCAAAGGAGAAAAAUGUGAGUAACAGGAAGAGAGAGAGCAGUUGGAGUGGUUGUGCAUCACCAUUAGUACUAUCCAUUUGGGGUUUCUGUAUGUAACAUUGUCACUUUGCUGUAUAAACCUUAAAUAUUGGUGAUGGUUUUGGUUCAGUGAAUGCUUGGAUUGGAAAUU